AUGGGUCCUCCUCUCCCUCCAGAAAGCUGCGGCACGACGCUGACCAAGACUGCCCCCCAAAAAAUUCAAAUUGAAUGCUUUGUGGAUCUGAUUUGUCCAUUCUCUGCAAAAUUGUUCAAUACGCUAUAUGACAAAGUUAUCCCCUCGCUUGAUGAAGAUAUUACAGUUACCAUCCAUCAAGUAGUUCAGCCAUGGCAUCCUCAGGGUACCAUGGUGCACGAGGCGGCGUUUGCCGUACGCGAGGUUUCCCCCGAACACUACGCACCCUAUGUCAGCGCUCUGUAUGCCGCCUACACUGGUGGCAAAUUCAAAGACGACGACGUGUGGAAUAAGACAAGAGCGCAAAUAUAUGAAGAGCUUUUGGAAUUGGUUCCAGAAGGCGUUGAUAAGAGUGCCGUCAAGGCCAAGCUCAUGAUGGCAGAAGGAGGUGGAAAUGCUGGAAAUGAAAUGACCAAACACAUCAAAUUUGCCUGUAAAUUCCAUCGAACUAGAGGUGUCCAUGUAACUCCAACUGUCUUUGUCAAUGGAGUCGAAGCUGGAGUGGUUUCCAGUGGAUGGUCCGAAGAGGAUUGGAAGAAAUUCCUGGCUGCCAAGGGUACUGAUUUCUUUCGAAAUGAGUAA